CCGCUGCCGUCUUGUACUUGUGCCUGCGCACCCGUACGGCUACGGGUCAGGUCAGAGAGGCUCUGCUCUGCAGCAUAUAAGCUGCAGCCAGCCCUGCGUGCGCCGCGUCGAACUGAUCGAUCGCUUGCUCGUCUCUUGGCCGCCGCGGACAUGGGGCGCGCGCCGUGCUGCGACAAGGCGAGCGUGAAGCGGGGGCCCUGGUCGCCGGAGGAGGACGAGCAGCUGCGGAGCUACGUCCAGCGCCACGGCAUCGGUGGCAACUGGAUCGCCCUGCCGCAGAAAGCAGGGCUGAACCGGUGCGGCAAGAGCUGCCGCCUGCGGUGGCUCAACUACCUGCGGCCGAACAUCAAGCACGGCGGCUACACGGAGCAGGAGGACCAGAUCAUCUGGUCGCUCUACAGCUCGAUCGGGAGCAGGUGGUCGAUCAUCGCGUCCAAGCUCCCCGGCCGGACGGACAACGACGUCAAGAACUACUGGAACACCAAGCUCAAGAAGAAGGCCAUGGCGGCCGUGGCCGCGAGCGCCGCAACCGGCGGAGCCUUCGCCGCGCCCGCCACGCCGCCGCCGGCGCUCUCGCCCGCCGCCUCCGCCUCCUCGUCCGUGACUAGCUCGGGCGGCGACGUGCGCUUCGCCGCGUACCCGCCGCAGCACCACCAGGGGCUCACGAUGCGCUUCGACGCCCCGGCCCCGCAGCGCAGGCAGCAGCACACCGAGCUCGCGCCCGUGCCGCCCGCCGCCGCGGUCGCGCAGCUCGACGCCACCAGCGGCGUCUGGGCGCGGCAGCCCGCGCCGGCGAGCGACGCCGUGGCGGCGGCGCUGGACGACGUGUUCCUGCCAGACCUCGUCGGCGGCGGCGAGCAGCUGUUCCCGUACGGCGACUUCUUCGGCGGGCUGCAGGACAGGGCGGCCUUGGAGCUCUCGGCGUGCUACUUCCCCAACAUGGCCGAGAUGUGGGGCGCCGCCGCCGCCUCCGACGCCAAGCCGCAGGGCCUCUGCAACACCUUGACAUAGGAGAGGCCGGGGAAAGCCCGUACGGCUCGUGGGAUUGUUGCGCGAGAACUUCAAAAUUGCUCCAUUGAUUCUCUGGCGAUUUGAAAGUUUGAUCGGCCGCGCGAAGCUAGAUAGGAUCGUUCUUGCUCUAUCUUCCCACUCCCCUGCUUCUGUUCUCAUGUCUCUCUUUCUUUUUCCGCGUGGAUAUGGAUCGUGGCCGGUAUUUUGAUGUGUAUUACCUGUAAAUUAGUAUGACCGAGAUGUGAAUUAUGCUUUGCUCGACGA